AUGGCUGCAUCUUUGGGCGCCACUCCCGGGGGGUACACCCCAGUGGAAAAGACCUCGAAGGGAAACACAGUGGAGAAUGAGAUAAAUGUUGAAUCCCAGGAGCAAGAAAAGAUUCUGUCUCCAGAUUUUCUUUCAACUGACCAAAUCAAUGAACUGUUAUCAGAGAGCAUAGAUGAUAUACAACAAACACUGGAAAAAAUUUUGAAUUUUAAAAAUGUUAAAAUCUGUUUCAAAGAAGCCAUUGUACUGGAUUAUUAUGUAUCUGGAUUUUUGUGGAGUAAAGGAAUGGAAUUUUCUAUAAUUCAGUAUUCAAAAUUUAUGACUUUACUACAUAUGUUACUUCAUAAUCUUAGCACACUUCAUAUGACCUUAGAAGAGAAUAUAAAAUGGAUUGGAGAAGUUAUGGCUGAAAUAGGACCAUCUAAUGAACAAAAAGAUGAGGAAUGGAAUACCUUUGAUGUAAAACAAGCCAAUGCUAUAAUUGACUAUAUAAAAAUCAGUUUAUUUCAACACUAUAAGCUCUAUGAGUUUCUGUUCUACUCUACCAGGGAAGAAAUUGUGAUAGGAACUGAGCAAGUAAUAGAGGUUGUCAAGGCUUCAAGUUUUUUGUUCCCUGAACCAUUAGAAGAAGGAAUUUCAUUUGAUAUUUAUUCAACUUUCAUAGAGCCAGAACCAACAUUGGAUAUAGAUAAGAAGAGUUUGGAUCGAAAACAACACCUCGAGGAAGCCCACUUAGAAGCUGACACUUCAGAAGAGGAUCCUUUAGCUCACUUUACAAUCGAAGAUAUAAAAUCCUUGCUGGGUCAAGUCACAGAUGAGAUUUUAAUCAACAUCCAGAACGAGAUAAAUGAAAAGCUGCAAAUACGGGAAGAGGCCUUUCAUGCACGAAUAGAAAAAUUGAAAAAAGCCUGAGGACUCCGUACCAGGACAGUAAUGCUAAACUUCACAGAAACAAACAAAAUCUGUUACAAUAAUAAACUCUACAGCAAGCUGUCUCCUUCAUUUAGUUGGGAGCAGAAAACAAAGCCCACUUUCUAUUAUCUUAAAGUAAUUAGGAAAGUGUUUAUCCCGAGUUUGAUAUCUUCUAUUACAUAAUAGCCCUUGAAUUUAUUGCACUGUGAAUAAUAAGAGUAUUUUAUA